GUUUCAUUUCCUGUCGUGAAAACCAUCGGUCAGGGCAAAGAGAGUUAGAUCUCAAGUUUAUKUCAAAAUUAACUUAAGGAACAGAUUGAAGAGUAUUUUACGGUGUUCCAGGUAAAGGUAGCUCAAUGGGCUGUUGUUUUAGUGGCGAUAAAGACGCCGAAAAGCAGGGAGUUGUGAAUGAGAGAUCACCUCUACUCUCAGGUGAACAGUCUGCACCAAUACCAAACAACCACAGACCAAGAGAGGAUGGUGCUCAGAAUGGAUCAACUCCUUUAUCAAAGACAGAUGAACAAUCAAUGUUGAAUAAAAUCUUACAUCAAACAGCGAACAAAGUGAUUGAUGUACAAUCAACAGAACCACAUAGUUUAGAAAGAACAGAAUACAUGGAAAGAACAAGAUUAUAUCUAUCAAAGAUGUCCAAUGUUAAUACAUCACAAGUACCAAAAGGAAAGAACUUGCCACAAGGUGUUAAUGUUCCUAAUGCAGUUUUAGCUGCUAAUCCUGUUUCAAUAGCUGAUAUCAAAUUGACCAUAACWGCUUCUAAAGGAGCCCAAGCAUCAUUAUCUGGAUUUCAAAUAGAACACAGAGAACCUUUGGUAGUAUCGUUUGGAUCGACAUAGCAUAAACAUAGAUCAUCAAAGAUAGAAUGAUAUUAGGAAUUAAAAACUUGUAAUGCACUGAUCAAGUCAGUGAUGAUUAAUUUCUUCAAUGCGUCUAAAAGACUGGAUUUAAAAACCAGUCAUUGUUGUAUUGUAAAUCUAUAAAAAGUCCAUGAACUCUUCAGGCUGGUUGUUAUUCCGACCUACAUCGAACUUCUGUCAGAUUCUGUUGAARGCUAUAUUUGUAUAAGACUCAUUUUCAAAAUUACAUUUCAUUCAUGCAAAGUGUUCAGUUGUUGGAAUUUGAAUAGAAUAGAAAAAUGUGAAAAUCAGUUAUAAACCUGAUUUAAUAGCUCAAUGUGUAAAAAUAACUAAUCCUGGGCCAGUUAAAUGAAUGAUAAUACAAUUCAUACACACCUGACAAACUUUAGACAUAAUAUGCUGCAUGAGAAACUGGGUAARGCAUCAAUAAUCUAUAAUAAGAAAUAAUAGCAAUAUAGACCCAGAGCAAACAGAUGGUUUUCUUUGUUGGGUACUUACAGGAAUAAUAGAGUAAUUAGACCUGUAUAGUGUGUGAGAUAAAAGAAUUAAUAACCAAUAAAGAUUUUAUAUUACUUUAUUAGAAAAUGCA